AUGGCGUCACAACCAUGCCGCAUCAUCGUCGUGGUCGGCGCCACUGGAGCACAAGGCGGUGCCGUCAUUGACACCUUAUUGAACUCACCUCCCUCCGUUCCCAUCCGCAUCCGGGGAUUGACACGCUAUGUAUCCUCACCAGCAUCACAAGCACUCAUAUCUCGUGGAGUCGAGAUGGUAGCAGCCAAGGGCUCCUUGACCGACGACACGAGUGCACUCACUCACGCAUUCAAAGGAGCAUGGGCCAUCUUUGCCGUCACGGACAUUUGGGAGCAAUUCAGCCGUAACCCCUGCGAUGCUUCCGACGCAAGGGAGAAGGAGGAACAGUACGGCUGCAUGCUCGCCACGCAAGCAUCAUACGUCGACACGCUGGAGCACUUCAUCUGGAGCACGGAACCAAAUUCGCAGAGGCUCAGUGGAGGAAAACAUAUCGUGCAGCACUUCGACGGUAAAUCCAAGGUCGACGACCACAUCCGAGCAUGCCACUCGAAAUCUGUGUCCCACAGAUCGAAAUCUCUGUUCCACCUGAUCACGUUCCUCUGGGUGGGGUUCUACGCCAAGAAUCUGCAGCAUCUGCCGAUGUGGAAGCCUUUGUUCAAUAUCGGUACCGAGAGCGGUAAAUACUCUGUAAACGUGCCAGUCGACCCGGAGACUCGAUUCGUGUCACUUGGCUCGUUGAGAAACGUCGGUCUCGCCGUGGCCGCCGUUCUUGCGGGCGAGGGGUCCAAGAGCUUGCGAUGCGAGAUGUGCACAACCUCGAGACAUCAAGCACGGUACAUAGCUGUCAACAAUGGAUUCUUCUCACUCAGAGAAUACUACGAAGCCUGGGCGGCGGUGGUCCUGAAGUCCUCGUGCAACGGGACGGGAAUUGAAACACUCCAUCAGAAUGACGAUGCACACCUCGAACCGGAGGACGCCUCACUUUCCCAAGAGCAGACCGCCCCAGCAAACAUCGAGGUUAGGCAGAUCGAUGCCGCAGAGUACGAGCAGCUGUACGGUGGAUUCGGGAGGGAAAUGCGCACCAUGCUCGAGUUCUGGCGCGAUAUGGGUGAGCAAGGGAGUUGGCGGGUGAGCUAUGCCAAGUCCCUCGACGAUGAGGCCGAGGAGGAUGAUGGCGGUGCGUCUGAUUGUGAUUGUGUGGUCUUAUCGCUGCAGGACGUUCUCGCCGCGAAGGGUCAGCAGGUCUUAGACCUGAAGGAGUCGUUCCGUGAGUUGGCCUGA